GCGCCAACCCCCCGAUUCCCGGUUCCAACACCAAACUCCAGUGUGCACAGCUGCCCUGGCUCCCGAGUGUUGCCAUGUGUUCCCGCGAGAGUCACGAUCACGCAUAUCUACUGUACAUUUCGCACGAGCCACGAACAUUUCAACGACCGAAAACUCGCCAGACUCCACGCGGCGAUGGACAAGCACAGAUCCAACAAGGAUCUCGCUUAGUUCCAUGCCAUUGCCAUCUACCGAACCACCCGGAGCUUGCCCUGUCCUGCCCAGAGACGACGAUCGGCCGCCAGGUCGUCCAACAUCCGAGCUUGGUACGAGGUAUCUCGCGACUUCACCUGCUACCUAACAUUCGUCACAGGCGAGGCAAGAUCGUCCGACUGGAUGUCGUAUGCAUGAAUGACAGAGGAAUCGAUCGCGCUGGCCUGCGGGGAGUGGGAUACAAAUGUCAACUCGUCCCACGCUCUGCUUCAGCUUUCUUUCCUCCUCCUCAAGACUUUCUCAACAUCUUCCUCGAUCCAAGGCAUUCUGAUUCUUCCGGACUCGCAGCUCCCGCUCUCUCUCAACCACUCUUUCGGCUACCACCACGACAACCUUCCCAUCACCACUACCACUCCGAAUCGAAUCACCAUGCGUUUCACCAUCCUCGCCGCCAUCGCCAUUUGGACCUCUCAGGCCGCCGCCGGCAAUUGCGGAUACGAUCCUUGCGGCGUCCAGGGCGAAGCCUGCAAGUUCGUCUGCAGAGAUCCCGUUACCCAUGCUGUCGUGUUCUCCUCCCCUCGGGGUACAUGUCAAUUCGAUGCGAAGCGCGGCUUCCACUGCCGGGGGGGUUAGCCACGCAGGUUGUCUGUACCCGAACCCCUCAACCAGUCAUCCGUUGAGACCAACGACCUUCCCAGACCAUAUGAAGGAAGAGCUCGGGCAGAGACCAUGGGCCUUGGCAACAACAACAACAACAACAACAACAACAACAACAUCAACAACAACAACGAGGUGCUGCUGGGGAUUUUGGAUUCUUCUCCAAGGGUUUUGUACAAUCUGAGUGUGCGAGUGUGCGUCAUGUGAUGGAUUGCCGUUAGUGUAUC